AUGAAGAAAGCUAUAAUGGCCUCGUAUUAUCACUUAUGCUCCACCAAAGAAAAUCCAAGGCACGAAUACUGCCCGGUAGGAAAUUACAGCUGGUGCAAGUGGCAGAAAGCUCUAGUUACAGGAGCAAAUUUGGACCUUAUAGAACAUCCUGCACCACUACAUCCAGACGUGCAGGAGCACAUCCUACCCAUUUACGAAUAUUUAUCUGAAGAGAAUCUACUUGAGAGGUGCUUGGGCGGACACACUCAGAACAAUAACGAGAGUUUCAACUCAACUGUUUGGCGCUUCGCUCCAAAGCACCUGCACUCAGGAAUAAAAAUUAUUGAAAUUGCAGCAUAUUUGGCAGCUGGCUUAUUUAACGAAGGAUAUACUUCAGUUUUAAGAACUAUGAGUGCUUUGAAUAUUGUAAUUGGAAAACAAGCAAAAACAUACGCCGACAAAAUUGACGAACAGAGAGUAAUUCGACAGAAGCGACGCACCUCAUUAACUACCAAAGAGGCUCGAAAAGCAAGAAGAGAGCAACGUAUGGAGGAAAAUCAGCUCUAUGAGGAAACAGAAGGAACAUUGUAUGGCGCAGGAAUCGCAGACUAGCUGAUAAGUCAUUGAAAUUAUUGAGUUAUCACUUAUCGAAACUUUGAACGUGUUUAUCUCAAAAUUACAUUUUCGAAAUCGGUGGAAUCAAUAACUCAAAAACUACUCAAUCAACUUGCUGAAAUUUUGCACACAUAUCUAUAACAAUAUUGUCUUCUAUAUGAACCUAGAGAUAUGAAAUAAAUGGUAAAUAAAAGUACCUUUUUAUUGCAAAAUAUAGAGAAAAUUUCAUGUAAAAUUCAAAGUUUCUGUUUAAAAGCGUGCCAUUUUUUCAAUUUUCAAUAUUUUUCACUUUCUUUAGGUUCAUCUACAAACUGUAAGUGUUAGUUAUCGAAAUAUGUCUUGCUGGUUUGUUUCAAAUCAGUGUAGCCAAUGCUAGAGCUUACACCAUUUAAUAAGUUGCACCACAACCUUCCCGAAAAACAGGGACAUAACUCCGCCAUUUUUAAAUAUUUUGAAAAACAAAAAAUACGUUGUAAUAGAGAAAGAAUAUAAUAAAUGAUAACCAAAGUUUCAAAAAUGUAAAACAAUUCUUUCCUUUACAAAAAAAUUCAUGAAGAUCAGCUCGUUUUCAUCCGUCUAAAGGUAUUUCCCCCCUUAAAGCUAGUUUACUAUCCUAGGCACUAUGAAAAGCUCUUUACUAUAUUUCUUAUUGAAAAUGGCAACCAUAGAUAUCGGUCAUUCGUUGAUUUCUAAUUUCCUAAUGUUGAGGAAUUACUAGUAAAACUCGUUAGUUGUUUUUCUUAAUUUUUAAUCAUCGUUUCAGUAAUUCCUGUGAAAUUCAUAAGGGAACGUAGUUAUCUAUUUUUCAGUAACGUCAGUUUGGACCCUAGAAAGACUAAUUGCAAGCCUCGAGACAUCAUAUAAAAUAGAAAAAUUCCUUCAGGCAAUCCUAAGUUUGUCAUACUUUUGUACUACUAACAGAAACAUUUUCUGUACAUCGAAAUCUUCUAAAUAUUAUGAACUUUUAAACAUUAUUUUCAAUAGAUAUAUAAAUACUAAAACAUAAGUGUCAUUUUUUAAUUUAGUGCUGAAGAGCAACAAGACAAUGAUUUUAUACAAGAAUUUUAUACAAGACAAUGAUAGUAUCAAAUGUACCACCUUUAUGUUUGGUUGUCUCAACACAUAUACAAGACAUUAAUGCUAACCAGUUAAUAUUGAAUGAACAGUAUUGAAUGAACAGCAUUGAAUGAACAGUAUUGAAUGCAAGAAUGUCUCUAUUAUAAAACGAAUUGAACAUCGUACCAUAAUUUUCCAUUUGCCUGGUCGCUGGUGUAUUUUUACGGGAUCACACAAUUUUAAUGAAUUGUAUAGCAUUCAAUGUCUUCGCGAAAAUUUUGUAAUCCGACUGACCAUGAGCAACCGCCAGCAUAAG